UGCAACCUUUCUCUCUCUAAAAAACAUUUAAGGUCACGUCGUAACUGUCUCUCUUGAAACUUACAAAUCUGGCAAUUAUAUAUAUGGGACUGACGGCGGCUCUUAUUACUACCGCCGUCCUUCUCCUUUCCCUAACGACGGCGGUGGAAGGUUCUAAUUAUCAUAAACUGAAAAUCUUCAACGAAUCAUACGGACGGUUCAAGGACGACCUUGGCAAAUACAACACCAUUUUCCAAGUCAUUGGUCCAGCUGUAAUCAACGAAGCUCUUCAAAUCACACCGCCGCUCCCUCAAAAUCUCGUUGUUUCCCCCUCUGCCUUUGACCAAUCGGGCCGAAUUCUCCUCAAGAAACCCUUCAAACUCUGGAAACCCGACCUUCUUCGAGUCGCAUCCUUCAACGUCUCUUUCCGAAUCAACAUUUACCUACCCAACAAUCAAACCACCGCCGGCGAGGGGCUAGCCUUCAUCAUCGCCCCCGACCUCCUCAUUCCCAACAACAGCUACGGCCAGUACUUAGGCAUCACUAAUUCCUCCACCGACGGAAAACCCACCAACCAAAUCGUCGCCAUCGAGUUCGAUACCGUCAAGCAGGAAUACGAUCUCGACGAUAAUCACGUCGGCCUCAACAUCAACUCCGUUAUAUCCAACGCAAGCGUCUCCUUGACUCCUCUAGGAAUUGAACUCGCCCCUUUCCCUAACGUAGCCAAAUUUUACGAUGUCUGGAUCCAAUACGACGGCGUUAAUAAAACGAUACAAGUUUACAUAGCUCAGACGUCCACUCAGACAGGACCGGAGGCGUCUAAGCCGGCGUCUCCGGUCCUUGAAUCUCCCCUCGAGCUGAGGGGAGUCGUGAAUCAGAAUUCGUAUUUUGGAUUUGCUGCGUCGACAGGGAAAUCUAUGCAGCUUAACUGCGUUUUGAGGUGGAAUCUUGUAGUUGAACAUUACGAGGACGAAGAAGAUAAUAGCAGGAUAAAGUGGAUCCUAAUAGGUGUUCUUGUUUCGACGGCUACCCUUGUUUUGAUUGCGGCGGGGUUAGGAUACUAUUUCUUCAACCGACGACGACGAGGUUGGGCGGGGGGGAGUAAUAGCAAUGUGAACAUAUUGGGUGCUUUAAAGAGCCUCCCGGGGAUGCCGAGAGAGUUCGAAUUCAAAGGGUUGAAGAAGGCAACCAACAAUUUUGACGAGAAAAACAAGUUGGGAGAAGGCGGGUAUGGGGUUGUGUACAAAGGGUAUUUGCAGAGCGAAAAUUUGGAGGUCGCCGUCAAAUGGUUUUCCAGGGAGAGCUUGAAGGGAGAAGACGAUUUCUUGUCGGAGCUCACCAUCAUCAACCGCCUCCGUCAUAAGAACCUCGUCACCUUAAGAGGGUGGUGUCACACCAACGGUAAGUUGCUAUUAGUGUACGACUACAUGCCAAACGGAUCACUGGACAGACAUCUGUUCGGUAGUGGUCGUGAAAGCAAUCCUUUGAGCUGGGCUUUACGCUACAAGAUAAUCUCCGGCGUGAGUUCUGCGUUACAUUACCUUCACAACGAGUACGAUCAAAGAGUUGUCCAUCGCGAUCUCAAAGCCAGCAACAUAAUGCUGGAAAGCAACUUCGACGCCCGGCUCGGGGACUUCGGCCUUGCCCGAGCUCUCGACGGAGAGAAAACUUCCUACGCCGAGGCAGAGGGAUUCCUGGGCACGAUGGGCUACAUCGCGCCGGAGUGCUUCCACACAGGCAAAGCCACCCAACAGUCAGACGUCUAUGCUUUCGGCGCAGUCUUGCUCGAAGUGGUUUGUGGGGUCAGGCCGGGGAGUAAGAUAGGAGGAUACAAUUUAUUGGUAGAUUGGGUGUGGUCGCUUCACCGCGAGGGGAGGCUUUUAGAGGCAGUUGAUAAGAGUAUAAAGGAUGAUUAUGUGGUUGAGGAGGCUGAGAGGAUUCUAUUGCUUGGAUUGGCUUGUUCUCAUCCGACGGCCAGCGAGAGGCCCAAGACACAUACAAUUUCUCAGAUAAUAUCGGGGUCGGUCUCGGUUCCUCGGGUUUCUCCUUUCAAACCGGCGUUCGUGUGGUCUUCGUCAUCAAUGGGGACGGAAAAUGACACCAGCCAGGCAACAAUGACAGAGACGAGGUCAUUCACAUCAUCAAACUAUGGGUCGGGAUACACUCCCAAGUACUCUAGGCCAGACGGUUAUUCUCCGGCAGCUCCAAACAGUGACAGCUUCAACUUGGUAUAGUUUUAUAAUAGCAUAAUGCAUUCUUACUGCUUGUGUAACACUUGAGUGUGAAAGUCUUCCCAUUUGGGAUGGUUUAAGGCAUUAGCCAUUGUCAGAGAUUCUACUCAAUAAUUGUCUAC